GUCAAAUGUUUGCAGCUAGUGAAUUGCUGUUAAUGUGAACAACUCAUAUGCUUGGUAAAUAUAAACUGAUAAUUACAAUUAGAAAUUAGUGUUUUACAGAACUGGAGACAUUCAAAGAGUGUAUUUAAGCCAUGGAAGGUGAAAUUGAAAACCCAAUAGAAGUACCAAGCUCACCCUCACACCCAAUUACACCAUCUAAAACAACAAAAAACAGAAUGGAAGAAUUUCCCAGUAGAGCCUCAUCAGAAUGUAGCAGUAAUAAAAGUAGCUCAGAGAAAACUCCACCUCUCAAACAUUGUUAUGAACCUCGUAGCUCUGUUGUGACUGGAGACCUGUUCCAUGAUAAUGCUAGUACCUGUUCCAGUUCAUCCUCAACAACCACCUCGUCUGUACCCCCACUUAAUAAGAGGUUCCCAAGCAGACAGGGCAUUGUAUGGAGAAAAGGCGAGAAAAUAGAGGCAAUGGAUUUUAUUGAAAAAUGGUACCCAGCAAAGAUUAUAGAAAUUGAUGAAGAUGAUAUCGCUGUACUUGUACAUUUUGAAGGCUGGAAUCAACGCUAUGACCAGUGGAUGGACAUGAGCAGUGAAAAGAUACGACCUAAAGCAAGGCAUUCUGGGAGAAAAGAAAAGAGAAAAUCACUUAAUAAUGAAUUUAAAGUUGGAGAUCAGGUGUAUGCUAGAUGGACAGAUUGUAAAAUGUAUCCAGCAAAAAUAACAGCCAUACCAGCUGAAGAUACCUUUGAGGUUAUUUUCUACGAUGGUUUCAAGAAAAUUGUACAAGGGAUGAACGUAAAGCCAAUGCCACCUGAGCUGAAACAACAGAAAAUAGAAAUAGUCCAUGUGUUGCCCAAAGAUACGAGAAAGCGAUCAUCAACAGACAAUGAAGAGGGCAGGAAGAGACUUUCAACAGAAAGUGAAGAUGGUAAACACAGACUGUCAAUGGAGGGCGAAGAAAAACCACUACCAACAGACAUUGGAGACUUUAAAAUAGAACCUCUGACAGAAAGUGAAGGAAGGAAAAAGAGGUGUUAUCAAAGUGAGGAAGCUGCACCCUCUGGAUUUGAAAUUGAAGCUGCUCCUGUUGUUCCUUUGGCAGAAGGACCAGUGGCUAAAAGAGCUAAGAGAGAAAGAAAUCCUGAAACCAGGAGAAAAGCUAUGGCCAAGAAAAGACAAAGGAUGUUUAUAUCAGGGUCAUUAUUUGUCAGCAGACGGCGACCUAAACCUAAGCCAAAGAAGUCACCCGUUAAACGAGGGGUACUGGCAAGGCAGAAUUUACCUGUGGGAACACCCAUUUCUUCACCUAGUGUUCCCGGUAUAUCUUCUACUCCUAACAUUCCUAUAGCAUCGUCAUCUAAAAUCACAAGUUUGGCUGGACACUUCCCAUCAACACCCUCAUCAUUAUCUCCAGUUACAUUAAUAUCAGCUGAAAAGAAGAAUAAGAAGAGAAUUUUAUCCCCAGCAAUUUCAGAGACCAGCAGUGAAUCUCAGUCAGAGGAUCACAUGGCUAGAGCCAGACGUAGGAGUCGAUCAUCUACAGCCGAAGAUAGAGCUGCUGUGAUGUAUACUCCUCCUACUAUAGGACUACCACCAAAAGGUUUUGUCGUGGAGCAGGACCACAAUCAUUUUAAGUGUAUGUUUGAAGGAUGUAACAAAGGAUUCCGUAAGGAACAACUCCUUGAUUCUCACAUCAAGUAUUAUCAUAUGGACUUUAUACGGCCAAGUCUUAUACGCAAAAGACGGAAAACAUCAAGUAUUUGUUCCACUGACUCCGAUACAUCACAGGUUGAUAUAAAGAAAAGACACAUGUCAGCUGACAGUGCUCUACAAACAAUCAACCAAGAACAUGAGGAGGUUGAUGUAGAUGACAUGCAUAAGGCAGAACAUAGAGAAGAGGCCAUUGUUGAAACAGAACCUAAACAGGAAGUUGCUGCCAUGGUAAUGGACGAGUCCAUUGAAACAGAGGAUGAAUUAAGCAAGGAUGAGGUGGUUAAUUGUAUUUGUAUGGUCAAUGAAGAAAAUGGCUUGAUGAUUCAGUGUGAAGUAUGCCUGUGCUGGCAGCAUGCUCUGUGCUUUGAUUUAACAGAGGAGACAUUACCUAGAAAAUACAUUUGUUUUGUGUGUAAAGAUCCACCUGCUGUGAGAGACAGUUGUAGGUAUAUCCAUGAUCAGGAUUGGUUAAAGACAGGAGAGUUGGCUCAGUUUAACUUUUUACCACAUAAGAUGAGAGAUGACAAUAAGUGCCGGACAAAUCAGGCAACUCACAGCCUCGUAGCUGACACGCUUAACAUCAGUAGUGUGAUGCAUGGUGUGAAACAGAAAAUACUGGCUUUGGAAGACAAAAAUCAUCCAGAAUAUAAAUUAUGGAAGAAAAACUGGGAUGAAGAGCCUGAAGACAUAAUAGCAGACGAACAUGAAAGUGUUACCAUGGAAAUGGAUGAUGAAAAAUGUGAAAAUCUGGAUCAUUUAGAAAGUGCUGCAAUGAUGAACUCUGAACGAGGCAAAACAUCAGAAAACUCUAUAAAGCCUGGCUGUCCAAGGGAUAAAAGUGCUGAGGUCAGAGGUGAUAAGCAUGGCAACAAGCAUGGCGACAAGCAUGACGAUGAAAAUUUGAUUCAUGAUUCUAUGGACCAUGGAGCUCAAAGUGAGGAGGAGGCUGGAAAGGACAGUUCAGGUGAAAGUUCAGUGAAUGCUGAUAGUGAAUCUACAUUGUCUGCACCAGAGGCCAUUGCUCAUCAAAACAUGCAGGAUCAUGAAGCCUCCAUGGCUGAAGAGAGCAUUCAAGGGGAGAUAAUUGAAGAAAAAAUGGAAAUUGAAGAGGUCGAAGAAAAUGUUAACGUUGAAAAUGUGGAUCCGUACGUGAACUGUGAGAAGAAUCUGUUACAUCACAUUAUAAAGAUGCAGUCUGUGUUAGAUGAAAGGCUUGACUUGAUAGAGGAACAAGUUUCAGCUUUGGAAAGUACUGAUACUGAAGAUCAACCGUCCGACAUAUUAUCAGACCUGCCAUCAAUCAAGAAAUCACUACACAUGUUACAGAACGAUCUCGUCAAAGUUAGCAGGAUGGCCGCUUAUCAUAGAUGAUACGAUAUUACUACACAUGUACAAAACAGUCUCGUUAAAGUUAGCAGGAUGGCUGCUAAUCAUAGAUAAUAUGAUAUUACUACACAUGUACAAAACAAUCACAUUAAAGAAUGAAGAAUGGCCACUUAUCAUAGAUGAUAAGAUAUCACUACACAUGUACAGAACAAUUUCCUCAAAGUAUAAAGGAUGGCCACUAAUCAUUGAUGAUACAAUAACAUUACAAAUAUACAGAACAACCUCGUCAAAGUAGGAAAGAUGACUGCUUAUCAUAGAUAAUACAAUAACACUACACUUGUUCUAAAUUGAUCUGGUCAAAGUAUGAAGAAUGGCUGUUUAUCAUAGAUGAUACAGUAAUACUACAUGUGUUAUAAAUUAAAUUGUCAAAGUAGGAAGGUUCGCUGCUAUUCAUGAUGAUACAAAAAACUUACACAUGUUACAGAAUAAUCUGGUCAAAAUAAGAAGGUUGGCCGCUUAUCAUAGAUGAUACAAUAUUAAUUAUGUUAUAAGGAGAUAUAGAGAUAAUCAUAUACAAACUUGUGUAGGAAUGCCUAUGCUUGCAGUGUAAAGUUAGGGGAAUGACACAUAUUUCAGGAUGUUAGAUAUAUGGGGUAGAAAACUGGGAUGUGAAAUACAUGUAUAGGGGGUAAACAAGGUUGGGAUUUGAAAUUUGGAAACAGUGGGUAUGUUGGAUAUAGGUGGUAAAAAGUGUGAUAUGGGACAUACCAGGGUAUGAAUAAAAAAAAAGGUGAGAAUUGGGAAAUAAGCAUACCUGUGAGACCCCCUCCUAAGGUAAAGAGGAUUUAUUUACUUUUUGGGGUGGUAAUUUGACAAAUUGUGAUUUAAAAUGUCAGCAGAAAAAAAGAAUUUUAUACUAUAUUGUAUAUUGUCAUGUUUGUUAUCACUAUGGAAUAGAAAUUUAAAAAGAUACAGAACCUUGUAUUAAAUUCAAUAGACAAGCAAGUUGGACUAGUUACAGGGAGAAUCGAAAACUAUUUGGAUCAUUGAUGUACAAGAUGUUUUUAUAUAAUAUUUAUACAUGUAUUACAUUGCUAAAAUCCAGGUCAUUUUUGACUCUGUUUAAUUGUAACUGUUGUCUCAUUGGUAAUCAUACCACAUCUCCUUACAGAUCAUUAUUAUUUAAAUAGUGCUAUUUUUAUUUCUACAAGCAUUACAACAGUUUCAAAUUUUCAAUAUUUUGUAAUAUGUACAUUGUGUCUGAUCUGCAUAAUCAGUUUUGAUUUGAUAAAUUGUUAUUUUUUAGUAUUAAUGUAUUUUCACAUCACAGAGCCUGAAAUUGUAUAUUUAUUGUAUGAUCAUGUUGUAAGAGGCCUGCCAUAAUACAUGAGAUUAACAUUGUACCGUCAAUUUGUUAUUUGUUUGUUUUUUCUCACUUUUCUUCACAUUUUCAUCUUUACACAUUUAUAUUCAUAAUGUUUGGGUGCAUUUAUUUAUGAACAAAAGGCAGCAAGCUCCAUUUAAUUUCAUUAUUGAAAUAUUGUAUAUAUAUUACUGUUAUCCCUUUCCUCCAUAAUGAUGCCUUUCGAUGCUAGCCCUUUACUCCAUAAUGACGCCUUUUGACGCCUGUGUAGUGCCUCAGUAGAAAUGUUUUGCCAACGAAAAAUCUGUAUCAGACUUAAUAAUAUUUGUAUCUAAUAUAAAAAGCAUAUUCAUGUGAAUAUCUGACUGGAAUUUCAUUGAUUAAACAUUCGUUUUCACAAUGCAUUUAUACUUUAAACCUAAUAAAAAAAAAUAUUGAAAAAAUUCUAUGCGAAUCAAUCAUGUAAAAAUAAAAUCCAAGGAGGGAAAGGGUUAAAUGUUCAUGCAUUUAUGAUUUUUAUUUGGGGGGAUUGGGAGGAGUAGAGGCCCAGUACAAUAGUGCUAAGAUACUUUGUGUUCCACUGUAUUAUACAUGCAAUUUUGUUUUUUUGUAGUUUUAGGAAAUAAUAUUAAAAUGUUCGUCAUUCCAAGCAUACAAUUGUACUGUAAAAAUUUCAAACAUGCAAUUUUGGAUAAAAUAAGAAUUGCAUUUUACAAAUUCUUUUAGUCUAACACAAAAUUUUGUUAUACAUAUGACCAUCUGAAUUUGACAAAAAAUGUUUAUAUCUCUAUAAAGUUUUGAGUUUUAAGUCUUGAAUAUAGAAUAUGAUAAUUAAGAAAUAUAUUAUAAUGAGUGAUAGCAAAACAAAUUUAUGUAACGAGUUAAAGCAGUGAAUUCACUAAUUAUUCUUAUAUUUUCAUCUGAUCUGGCAUGGCUGUCUUAAGGUGGUACCUAACACUUUCACUAAAAUUAAUUUGGCUCGUUUAAUUUUCAUAAAAUUUUGACAAAGUAUUUACUUUGAUCCUUUAACAAUAAUAUAAAAAGAAUCACUAAUUUUGAACCAACCGUUUUGCCAGAAAAUUACACUGGUUAUAUAGCAGUUUGACAAACACCAAUUUUGAUCAUUGAGAAGCUUAAUAUUCCCUUUACAACACAACAUAAUUAAAACGUUUAGCUGAUUUUACAGCGUUAUCUCCCUGUAGUGUUAGGUACCACCUUAAUUUCUAAAUUUAUUGUUUAUACUAAAUAUAAUUUAUUCAUCUUAUAUACUAUAAUAUGUUUUAUCUGGUAUCUUGAAAUACUAUCAAGUAAUUAUUUUUUCACUAACAUAAUGAACAUGCUAGUCUGCAAUUUUAAUUUUUUUAAUUAGCUAGCUUCCAAUGUUAUUAACUUUUGGAAAUACAAAAAUUAACUUUUACUGUUUCAAACUAAUACAAUCUGUCCUCGUACAAAGCACCCUAUAAUCUACCUCGUAACAGUCAUGCCAGUUCAGGUAGAAGUAUUUCUGUAACACAUUCAAUAUGAAUAUCUGCACGCUGUCUUGUUUAAUAAGACAGCUUUUCUAAAUAUUUCCAUAACACAUUAAGUAAGAAUUUCUGCAUUUUGUAUUGUUUAACCCAGCUUUUGAGCUAAGUUUUAUUAGCAUUUAUGUAAAUUGUAGAAUCUUAACUUACAUAUUAUUGUACAAUGAAUUUUGUACCUGUUACCCUUAUAUUGUUAACUGUUUGUGUUGUUGUAUAAAGAUGUCUGUUGAUUAUGAAUUAAAAUUCUUACAAGCUG